AUGGUCGAGAAGAGCGUCCGCCGCCUUAUCGAGCUGCGGAAGCACACUCGUAUCAGAGGCCUGACGGUUCUCUUGGGAGAUGACAACGGCCGCUUUUACAACCUGCCCUACGAGUAUGAUGAAGAAAUGGGCAAGUACGCCCGGCAGAUGCAGAGUGAAGGCGUGUGCGUCGUUGAUCCAUCAAGCCUCCUGAUGAGGACCACGCGUCCCGACGGGUUCCACAUCGAGGUCACAGACCCGAAUGUGACUGCUUCGUUGCAGUGGUGGCAUGCGCUCAUCAGAGCCAUCUCCACCGACCGAAUCAUCACUCGCCGGAAGGCUGAGUUCGUUGCCAAUCAGAGAAGUAUUGUGUUUCGCAAUCACUUCGAGCUUGGGAAGGCCGAGAAAACGCUCACGGUGCCGCCUGCAAGUCAGCGCAUCCUCGAGCCGUUGGACCAUGCACCCGAGCUCCCGGCGGAAGCCAGGGAAGAGGAUGAGCAGAUCGUUCUCGACCACCCUCUUCUGAUGAUGAUGCCUGAGCCGGUGGAUGAUCUUGAGCUCAAGCCGGAAGGCUCUGAAGAGGUGACACAGGUUGAACAUGUACUGUUUAGCCGUGAUGUCGGGUCAGAGCUGCCUCUCGACCUUGUCGCCGUCGACCCUGAGGCGCAAGAGGACUUUGCCUUUAUGGUUGCACGAGAUGUCAUCAAUACCACCAAUGUGCUUAUCCCAGAUGACGAUGCCAUUGAGAGGGAAGUCAAUGACGGCAUCCCCACGGUGUGGGACGAAACCCCAGAGGUUCCGGCAUCGGAAGAUGACCGCAGUCUUCCCAAAGGCACAGUCGGGUACUCGCAGGCACUUCGCCGAAUCGGAUCGACGCCCAAGUCGAAACCCGAUCCUGCCAAGCACAGGAGAAUCUCGGAGCCAGCCGAGACCGACGAUGAAGAGGAUGUCGUGAUGGACCUGGAUCCUGACGACACUGCUCAGCCGUCGGAAGACGCUGCUGGUGAUUUCGAGCCGUUCUUCGAAUGGUGGGGCUAUGAGGACAUCCCCGAUUUUGCCCCGAGCCAUCGCUACAUGACGGAUGGCAAGCGGCGAGCAUUGAGCAAUGCCAUGAGCUUUUUCCUUCGUGGUUUCGCGAAUAGUGCAGAGUCACAGGCACAACGGCGGCCACCGCCCAUGAUGACCUUCGACCCCGCAACGCGGGAGGUCGAAUGGGACCACUUCAAAGAGCAAUUGGGCAAGCAGUGGCGCGGUCUCCGGUCGGAAGACGUCAUGGAAGUCGUGAAGUACGGUAACCGCGACAAAGAUGACAGUGGACGCUUUGAGUUGCGCGUCCUCCACUUCAUCGACCACACUGAGAUUCAUGGAAUCCGUGCAUUCCAGGGGCACUGCCGCGAUCUCAUCUCUGACGAGACUGAUCUUGUGGAUAUGCACAGUGACAGCUAUGCUUUGUGCGACGACUACCGUCCCACCAUGCACACGCGUCCUCCUGUGGGAGUCACUGGCCACAUCCACAACGACUGGGUCAGAAUGCAUCCGAUCGGGUACCAUGCAACGUAUUGGAGCAAUUUUUCCAAUAUUGUUAGCACCGGUCUCAUCCCAGGCGGUGUCACCCUCGGCGGAAGCACGGGGAGAGCCUUCACCAUGAUGGCUUGCCUCCCUCAGUGGGAAAGGCCAAACAACGCCGGCCUGCGACCUGGCGCUGAGGUUGAAUUCGCUAUCGACCUCCAGCUCGCGUGCAUGGAAGGGUGUCGCAUUCUCCUGACAAAGAACAAUGUUCUGCAGACCCCAGAUUGGUUGUCCAAUCGCUACCUUAUGUUUGCUUACGAUCGCAGAACCGGGAAACCUGUAUGGUUUAAUCGCUCGUACGAGCUCACGCGAGCUCGGGUGUCCAAAGCCCGCGAUGCAUAUGUCAAGCGUCAGGAAAUCCUGCCGGUCUUCAACCAAGACCUCAUCGAACGCGCAGCGGAAGCUGACGCUAAUUGCAUCAUGGAUUACGUUGAUCUCUGUUACCCGAUCCACAAUGAAAAUUUGGACUGGGUUGAGUUCUUGGGUAUGUUCAUGGACAUGGAGAAGCCCUCGCACUUGCGUGAGGUUGAGCAGUUUCAUGUUGAUGGUCGUACCAUCUGCUUUGAGCAGGGUAGUCCGCUGGAGGGAACUCCGUGCGAAUGGACCUUGGAUGCCCAGGUCUACUUUUCGCCAAUCGGGCUGACCACCGAGCGCCCGUCGCGUGUGGAGCGCAAGCACUACUCAGUGUGCCUCAACGUCAGCUUCCCAAAGCUGCGUUGCCCUGAUGAUAGGUGCAGGUCUCAGAUGCUUGACGGCUAUCUUCAUUGCCCCCGCUGCCAGCGGAAGUUGUUCAACCCGAGCGACAUCUCCCACAUUGCGGAGCUGGCUGAUCUGCGGGCGGAAGCCGUGCAAGGUGGAGCUAACCACAGCCUCCACUAUUUGGCACCGAAGGCCGCCAUCAACACGCGCCCACACGAGCACACACGUCAGGGUGCCGAUGUGAAGAAGAGCAUCGCCGCGACACUUAAAGAAAAGUGCAAGAAAAUGGUGGCGAAAGCGGCAGAGGGAACGCAUGGCUCCUUGCGCCAGAACUUGAAGUACGAACCCUUCAGCGCAUUCAAUGUGUUUUCCAAGGGGAUGACGGUUACUUCACUCGACGAGAUCGAGAUGUUCGCGCGCUUGCGACUUCCCGCCCCAGGAAUGGGGACGGAGGCUAAGAGAGGCUUUGCAGGAUCUCACACAUCCGAUGCACGCACUGCCCUCAUUUUUCCUCCUGUCGAUGAUGUGAUUCGCGGGGAGUACAACUAUCAGAGGAACAUUUUUCUUGAGCUGGCCAGCCACUGCUACUUUUGUUUCCAGGAUCGUUUUUACCUGGUCCCCGAGAUCGCAGUGUUGAUCCGAGCCACUCAGAUUGCCUCUGAGGUACGCCGUGUGCGUCCUUUCAGCAUCCUCCGCCAUGACGGCGUCGAGUACCAGACCGUGACCGGUACUGUUCCUGAGAUCAUGGCCGACCUAGUCGGCAUGCUCCGCAACAACGCACAGUAUGCUCUCACCCAGAAAGAGCGCAAUCAGCAAAGGGUGACUGUGCAGGUCGGAAUCGGACAGACUCCGUUGCAAAUCCCAGCAUCCCUGGGGACAAUGGGCAGGUCACAGAUGCUCGAGCUACUUGGCGGUACGCGGUUCAGUGUUGAGCGUACCCCGCGGCUGGAUCAAUCGCGAGGUGGAAGACCGAAUGGUCCGACAUGGUGCCACACCCAUUGGCGCCAUGCGUGUGCCACCUCCACCGCCGUCACCAUCCGGAAGGACUGGUCGCUCACCUGGCGGUGCAGCUUCAUCAUCUACGGAUCGUCCAGCGAGCACUUCUGUUCCAAAAGCUGCAAAGACGAAGGCAAGGCCGGCAUCUGCCAGAAGCAUCACGAAUACAUCACUGCUGAUGAGUGGGACAGCUAUUUUGCCGGUCGUGGCGAGGUUAGAGGUUUUGCUGUAGGUGAUGCACCUGCACCAAUUGCCGCCCCUGCGGGGUCAUCCACUGAUGAACCAUCUGCCUCAGCCGCCGGAGGGCGUGCUCGCACUCGCUCACCGCGCCGCCAUGACUAUGGUGGUGGUCGAGACUUUCAAGAGGCCGCGAACGACAGGUUGCGUCACCUGCGCCUGUGUGAUGAGGCGAUUGAGCAGCAACUCGAGAACCUGACGGUCACUCUCCCAGGCUUCCCAGCUGAUCGCCUAAGGGAAUGGAUUGAUCAAGACGGGAACGGAUUCGAUCCAUCCCGACCAAUGCCUCGCAAUUGCACUCGCACAGAUGCUUGGUAUUGGGGAGUCCUCCGUGCCCGUUACCUUGAGGAGCUAUCGCCCACUGAUGUGCCUUUUGUCAUUCCCGCUUACACCGACCGGGAGGUUCUGGUUCAACAUCCUGUUGAGCUAAUCGCCUGGUUCCUGCGCGGAUGGGAGGAGUAUCGCCAGGACUCCAAUGGAGCAUGGUACAGGGCAUACUAG